AUGGCGAAGCCACAUCAGCAGUACAUGGGUGCCCAAUUGAUGGACAGGGACAGUGAUGAGGAAAGUUUAGAGGAGAUGGAUAUUGAAGCGAAUCUGUGUUGCCCGGAUGCACUAAGCGCCAUUCUCUCCACUGUCUUCUUUCCCAGCUGGCUGUGUUCCCUACAGAUGAUCAAACAGAAUGAAAGAGCCGCGGCACUGGUCUGGGGUAAAUAUGUUGGAAGCAUCAAUGAGCCCGGGAUUCACAUUGUGAAUCCAUGUGGCGUGGUGAUUCGGAGGGUCACCACGGUGCGCAAGACCUUGGACGUCCGGGAGGUGAGUGUCACCGACAAGGAUGGAAAUCCCAUCUACAUCAGUGGCAACAUCGCUUACAAGAUCACUUCGGCCAAAAAGGCCACUGUAGAUACAGAGCAGCCAGACAAGUACACACUUGAGAUGGCUCCGAUGGUGCUUCGAACAGUGGCUUCACGUUUCCACUACGAUGAGCUGCGUAGUGGUGCUCCAAGUCAGAUGCUUGGAGAUGAGCUGCAGAAGUUGGUCCUCAGCGCUGGUGUGCAGGUGCUGAGGUUUCAGCUCACAGAUCUCAAGUAUGACUCGCAGAUUGCAUCAGCCAUGCUUGCACGACAGCAGGCUGUGGCACAGGUCGAUGCAAAGCGUGCGCUGGUGCAUGGUGCGGCUGAAACGGCAUCGAGCACUGUGGCGCGGCUGAAGCAGCUGGGCCACACCUUCACAGCAGAGAAUGAGCAAAGACUCAUCCAUGAUUUGCUGCUGAAAAACCUCGACCCAGACUACAAAGCGCGUGCCACAAUCAUGUCACAGCAGCCAUGA